GCCGUUCCACAAGCUUGAUUAUAGUUUUAGCCUAUCACCCCUCGUCUACGUUCCCCUCCACCGUCCAAGCUUCGAGCCAGGGCAGCAAACAAUAAUACAAUGGCGAAUGCCCCAGCGUUCAUGGACCGCCUUUAGAUUGAUUGACACGCCAGGGACUUGCCUAGACCGGUUUAGCCUCGGUCCAAGCCAGCCAAUCACAGGCUCCCGAUGGCAAGCGCGCGGGUAGCCGCUCUAUUGCGCUGAGUCAGCCGUAGCCGCGCCCCGAGAUGAAGUCAACCCGAAAAGGACAUCAGAUAUCGGCAGGUCGCCUUCAGUCUUGCUCCUCAUCCCAAUCUCGCGUCGCCCCAUCCCGACCGCUGAGAACUAUGGCUUCCGUAAGCAAUGGCACUACUCCGCUGCCCGAGGAGGUGAACAAGCCCCCGGAGGGUGUCGUCUUGCCACCCAAGGAUAUUCGAGCUAUUGUCGAGAAGACUGCCGGUUAUGUCGCUCGAAAUGGUGUAGUUUUCGAAGAUCGCGUUCGCGAAAAGGAACGGAACAACCCCAAAUUCUCCUUCCUCAACCCCGGUGACGCCUACGCGCCCUUCUACCAAUGGCGUCUCGUCGAGAUCAAGGAAGGAAGAGGGACUGCAGUGUCUGCUGGCCGACCGGGCGAACCGACCCCCGCUGCUGAACCCGAGAAGCCCAAGGGCCCCCAAGAACCGCCGGAGUUUCACUUCUCUGCGCGGAUGCCUAUAAUCAAUGCGCAAGAUUUGGAAGUUGUCAAGCUCACUGCUCUCUUCGUCGCUAAGCGCGGAAAAUCGUUCAUGACCGCGCUCUCUCAACGUGAAACCAGAAACUACCAGUUCGACUUCCUACGCCCGCAACACAGUCUCUACUCUUUCUUCACCCGACUCGUCGACCAAUACACCAUCCUCCUCCGCUCCGAAGGAAUCGACGCCGCUACGACAGAAAAGAAGCGCCUCACGGAGCUUGCGCACAACGCCCAGAAUAAGUUCCAUGUCCUAGACCGCGCCAAACAACGCGCCGAAUGGGUGAAAUACCAGCAGCAACAGAAGGAAAAGAAGGAAGAAGAAGAAGAGCAAGAGCGCAUCGCCUACGCGCAGAUCGACUGGCAUGAUUUCGUCGUCGUCGAGACCGUCCUCUUCACGGAAGCCGACGACCAUGUCGACCUCCCUCCCCCCACCUCCCUCAACGACCUCCAAUCCGCCUCCCUCGAACAAAAAGCCAUGAUGUCCCUCAACCCCCUCCGCAUCGAAGAAGCCAUGCCCACCGAAGAGGAUUACCCAACAUACUACAACGCCUACCCCCAACAACCCGAACCCGUCCCCGUCGUCCCCGUCGUCCCCGCCGGCCCCGCCUACCCACCCCAAGGGCUCCCUCCGCAACCCAUCCCCGUUGCCCCUGCCAUGUCCCAAGCCGCCCAAGAGGAGGAACAAUGGAUCCAGGAACGGAUGCAAGCUCGCGAACAAGCCGCCGCCGCCCAAGCCGCCGCGAAAACCGCUCCAGGGCAACAACAACAACCUAUGCGCAUCCGCUCCGACUACGUGCCCCGCGCGCAAGCCCGUCGUCUGCACCCUACCGGUGCCAUGGCCCUCUGCCCCAACUGUCACCAGCAGGUCCCCGUCGGCGAACUCGAACAGCACAUGCGUAUCGAACUGCUCGACCCCCGCUGGAAAGAGCAACGCGCCAAGGCGGAAUCCCGCAGUGCCACCACCAACCUCUCCACCGUGGACGUGGUCAACAACCUCAAGCGCCUGGCCAGCCAACGAAGCGACGUAUUCGACUCGACUGUCGUCUCCGGCGCCGCCGACCUCGAAGAAGAAUCCCGCCGGAAGAAGAUGGCCUUCGAAGGUGCUCCGGGGUCUGGCCCUGUGCCACCGGUGGUCGGACCCGCUGGGGGACCGCCCAAUCCUCAGAGUAUGAAUAUCGAGGAGCAGAUUCGACGCAUUCACGAGCGACAGGCGAUGACGAGGAAAUAAAAUAUAGAAUUAGUUCCAUGGUUUUCUUUGCUUUCUCCGUCGGGCAUACUGGGAAUUAGGACCGUGUUUUAUCGGAGGCGUUUUCUAUGUCGGAGUCAAUUCACCUCAUUGAUAGGUCUUCGUUGGGCGAGACAGAUACUGUUUACCUCACUUGUAAAAUCUUGAUACUAUUAUCUUCUCUUGCCAUACAUAUGUAAAGAAACUUAUGUUAGACCCGCGUCUAGACC